AUGAAACAAAAUUUCGUACUUACAUUUCUCUCGUUUGUCCUUCUUCUUGAGGCAUCUCUGAGUCAAACAGGCUUUCCAAAACAAUUUGUAGCUAUAUUAAAUCAAACAUCACUUCAAGCAUGGCAGAAUAGUGGUGUACAACAAUUUGUUUAUGAUUCAAUUCUACAGCGUAUUCGAUUUGAUUUGAAAGGUUGGCGUGAAAAACAAAAUGAAACUUAUAUGAUACAAUAUAAACCAUCUGGUGCUGAACACGGAUCGCCCGCAGCUGACGGUUACACUCUCUUUAACUUCAAUCCCGAUUAUCCAGAAAACACUAAAGGUCACUGUUGGUACAAUACACAACCAAUGAAAGAUUUAGGACCAAUCCCUUUCAGCUGGAUGACUGCUGGAGGCGAUAUUGACAUCAAACCAUGGUUCCCUUUGCCAUCAAAUUUAAUCUACAAAGGUGUUGAACACAUAACGGAACUCGAUAUUGACGCAUCGAGAUAUGAUUCUUCAGAAAUGUGUGAUCUACAACAAUCUGACAUUGGUAAAGUACCAUGUCUCAGUUAUUUUGAGACAAAUGACGAAAUACCAGUUAAAACAAUUACGGCAAAAGCAGCUCGUCCGCACUCCUAUGAGACUGAUGAAUACGCAACGAGGAGUAGGGAAUCCGUUUACGAAAGUCCAAGAGCUUCUGUUGGUCACAGUUCGAUGUUAGCCGUUCCUUUUUUAAUCUUUGAAAGGUUAUCUCAAAGAACCAGUACGUGGCUUCGUCGUUACACCGAAAGCUGCGGUGAUAAUUUCACUCUACAGCUAUUAACACCACCCGUCCACUCACUUGGUGAUGAAGUCACCAUUACAUUCAGUCCUAAACCGAAUUGGUAUUAUAAUGGUACGGAAUGUGCUAGAUUUACUGUCAAUGGAAAUGAGAAAAUUGUUUUUACGUAUGAAAAUUGGAAUGAGCCACAACAAGUUGAUCUAACAUUCAGAGGGUAUGGAUGUUGCGCUUAUGAAAUUGAGGGAAUAGGUGGAAGUUACGAAUGGCAAUACCAAGCACAAACAUUUGUAGUUUAUGGAUGUGAUGGAACUGGAGGAUACGGAUGUAAAGGAAAAGAACCAUGUGGGGCAUAA